AUGCUGCUAACCAAGGGUUCAUUGCUGUUAUGGGUCAUGGAACUGAUCAUUGAGGACACCCUGCAGUGUGAAUGUAUUUUGGACCAAGGCACUCAGAUUUGUGUAAUGCAUCAAGAUAUCUGGCAGGACCUCAGGGCACUGCUCAACCCAGAUAAGGCAAUCCAACUCAAGACCACAAACACUGUGGUGACUAAGACCAUCAGGAAGCUUCCAUGCAUGCAUCUUCACUUUGGGAUGGUCAUCAUCACAGUACAGGUUCAAGUCGUUCAGCAUGCACCAUUCAAGAUACUUCUGAGACAACCUUUCUUUGCUACCUCAGCAUGUGAGACCCACAACUUUGCCUCCAGGGAGCAGCAAAUCACCAUCACAAACCUGCACUCAGGGGAGUGCAUCAUGGUACCCACAAAAGCUCAGGCCACACAAUGUGAAGCAGAUCUGGCACAGCUGGAUUUUCAAGAGUCGAUGAAUCGGGCCUAG